UGGAGUUGGAACGCUUGGCGGGGAAAGCUACGCUACGGUAGUUAGAUCUUCGCGAAUCACGUGGCAAGCCGAGCUUCUAGAACUUCCGAACGGCGAAUUGCCCAGAGGGGAAUCCAGUAGAAUCAAACAGCUACUACUAUUUUCCAACAAGACGAAGCACUGUGAAGAGUGUCAGCUUAUCCGACGGCCUGUACUGUCGAAAUUAUAUACUGUAACGAGGGUUCACUUAGCCCUCUUUGAAAAUGGCCCCAACAGAAUCCAAGAAGCGCUUGGCUCUUGCAAUAAUAGAUUUUCUCAGUGGUAGUCUUAAAGAUGGAACCCUUACCGCGGACGACGCAGAAUCUAUAGAAAUCGCGCAGUCAUGUAUCGCAGAUACGUUCAAGGUCGACCCUUCAGACAAGUCUGCCAUGCAGGAUGCGCUUGGAGGCCAAAGUCUUGCAACGAUCUACAGCGUAUAUGAGAAACUGAAAGGCAAAGGUUCCGCAACAACACCAAGCGCUGCAAGCGAGACAAAGCCAGCAGCAACCCCUCAAAAAGGGACACCAAACGAGGAAUCGGAGAAGUUAAAAUCACAGGGCAACGCAGCCAUGUCGCGCAAGGACUAUCCUACUGCAAUUUCCCUUUAUACACAGGCUCUUAACAUUGCACCCUCGAACCCGAUCUAUCUCUCCAACCGCGCGGCCGCCUACUCUGCUUCCGGAAACCAUACCAAGGCUGCGGAGGACGCUGAAAUUGCCGUGGCCGCGGACCCAAAAUAUGUUAAGGGGUGGAGCAGACUUGGCCUGGCUAGAUUUGCGCUUGGCAAUGCCAAGGGCGCUGCGGAAGCGUAUCAGAAGGGCAUUGAUGCCGAAGGAAAUGGCGGCAGCGAGGCUAUGCGCAAGGGGCUGGAGACUGCAAAGAAGCGUAUUGAGGAAAUGAAGAAGGAGGAGAAUGAACCCCCCGCUGAAGACGUUGAUGAUUCCUCUGGUUCCUCGCGUGGAGCAGGAGGUGCUGGUGGAAUGCCGGACCUUUCAGCUCUUGCGGGAAUGUUUGGAGGCGGUGGUGCGGGAGGAGGGGCAGGCGGUAUGCCUGAUUUUAGCUCGAUAAUGAGCAAUCCCAUGUUUGCCAGCAUGGCGCAGAAUCUUAUGAGCAACCCUGACAUGAUGAGUAACCUCAUGAAUAACCCGCGCAUUCGACAAAUGGCGGAAAGCUUUGGUGCGGGCGGAGGUGGUGCUGGUCCUGGUGGUCAGGGUGGAGGACUUCCAGAUAUGGCCAGCAUGAUGAAUGACCCCAAUAUUGCUGAAAUGGCAAGAAAUUUGAUGGGCGGAGGUGCUGGACGUGGUGCAGGGAGAGGAGCUUGAUUCCGCCACCUAAAUUUGGAGCAUGUUUAAUAUGGUAGCAUUUCGUUUGAAUCGUGAAAAUGGUGUUUUUAUUAGCUUCAUAUAGCAAUGGAUGUAGUGCUGUUACAUUUUAAUAAUAAACAGAUCGAUAUCCCUAUAUUUUAUUCUCUACUUAUCGUUCCGGGCCGCUAUGUCUAUCCCGUAAACUCCCUCUUCCUUGCUUCAGCGGCAGAAAUAGCUACGCCAAAGACCCAAACACGCUGUGAGGUAGAAUUUCAUGGAAAAGAGAACAUCUAUGAUCAAUUUUAAGGAUGUAAAAAAACCAAUGAAAAAGAGACGAUCCUGAUAAGGAAUUCUUUUGAUAAUAUUUUAAACAAGCUCUCACGUUUCGACCUAUGAUGCCCUGUAUAGAGAAAAC